GUGGCGGGGUGGGUUUUGUAGCGAUGAGCCGAAGGUUGCGGCGGCGAGGGGGCUCACAAUCCAAGGAUAAGGAGAAGGUCGUCGUCCUCCCCCCGCCGUUCCCCGGCGCCGCCUUGUCCGAGGACUGCGAGAUACCCCGCCGCGGCCGAGGAGACGAAGGCGGUGCCGUUGUCGUUGCUGGCUCCUUCCUCUCCUCCUCCUCCUCCUCCUCCUCCUCCUCGGAGGCCGUGGACUGGACCUCCCUUCCGCAUGACACCGUUAUCCAGCUCUUCUCAUGCCUCAACUACCGAGACCGCGCCAGCUUGGCGUCGACGUGCCGCAUGUGGCGGCUCCUCGGCUCCUCGCCCUGCCUCUGGACCGCCCUAGACCUCCGCGCCCACCGCUUCGACCCGCCUACGGCCGCUGCCCUCGCGACGCGCUGCACGCAGCUUCGCCGUCUGGCCGCCGUCAUUGGCCUCCGCGCCCGAGGGCUCCGUGAGAUCGCCUGCGAUUAUUGCCGCGACAUCACUGAUGCCACUGUCUCGGUCCUUGCGGCCCGCCAUGAGGAACUCGAGACCCUCCAGAUUGGCCCUGACCCGUGCGAGCGGGUCAGCGGCGAUGCCAUUCGCCAUGUGGCGAUGUGCUGCGCGCAGCUGCGGCGGCUCCGCCUUUCAGGUGUUCGAGAGAUCGACAGAGAUGCUAUUAAUGCGCUCGCCAGAUACUGCCACUGGCUUGAGGAGAUUGCCCUGUUGGAUUGCGGGAACAUAGAUGAGGAUGCUGUCGGCAAACUGGAGUCCCUCCGUUUUUUAUCUGUUGCAGGUUCACGGAAUUUGAUGUGGGCUACAGCUUCUCUUGCAUGGAGCAAGCUUCCAAACUUGGUCGGCCUCGAUGUUUCAAGAACUGAUGUGUCGCCUAGCGCUAUCUUGAGGCUUAUUUCUCAGUCGAAAAGCUUGAAGGUGCUCUGUGCUGUUAAUUGUAUCUUUGUGGAGGAGGAAGUGAGCCACAACCCCAUGGCAUUCAGCAACACAAAGGGGAAGCUGCUGCUUUCUAUUUUCACUGAUUUAUUUAAGGGGGUUGCUUCACUGUUUACUGGCUCUGUGGUGAAGGAGCAAACGGUUUUUUAUGAAUGGACUCAGCAGAAUACGGAUAAGAAUACAAAUGAUAUCAUGGGUUGGCUUGAAUGGUCGCUCUCCCAAUCACUACUGCGGAUAGCGGAGACUAACCCGCAUGGCAUGGAUGCCUUUUGGCUGAAACAGGGUGCAGCAUUGUUGCUGAGCUUGGCCAGGAGCUCUCAGGAGGAUGUACAGGAGAAAGCGGCGACUGGGCUUGCUACAUUUGUGGUGAUCGACGACGAGCAUGCAACUGUAGACCCGGCAAGGGCCGAGGCAGUCAUGCGGGGCGGUGGAAUACCCUUGCUUCUGAGUCUUGCUAGAUGCUGUCGGGAGGGAGUACAGUCUGAAGCUGCAAAGGCUAUUGCAAAUUUGUCUGUAAAUGCCAAAGUUGCAAAAGCAGUUGCCGAUGAAGGGGGUAUUGGAAUACUCGUCGACUUGGCAAGGUCCAUGAACAGGUUGGUUGCUGAAGAGGCUGCUGGAGGGCUUUGGAACCUUUCUGUUGGGGAGGAACACAAGGUGGCAAUUGCUGAGGCUGGUGGGGUGAAAGCUUUAGUUGAACUCAUUUUCAAGUGGCCACCUGGAACAGAUGGAGUUCUUGAACGAGCUGCUGGCGCACUUGCAAAUUUGGCUGCUGAUGAUAAAUGCAGCAUGGAGGUUGCAUUGGCCGGUGGCGUCCAUGCUUUGGUGAUGCUUGCUCGAUCAUGCAAAGUCGAGGGCGUGCAGGAACAGGCUGCUCGAGCCUUAGCUAACUUGGCUGCACAUGGAGACAGCAAUAGCAAUAAUGCUGCUGUAGGUCAGGAGGCAGGUGCACUUGAGGCAUUGGUGCAGCUAACAUCUUCCCAAAAUGAAGGUGUCAGACAAGAAGCUGCUGGUGCUUUGUGGAACUUGUCAUUUGAUGAUAGAAAUCGUGAAGCAAUUGCUGCUGCUGGUGGUGUUGAGGCCUUGGUUGCGCUUGCACAAGCUUGUUCAAAUGCUUCUCAAGGCCUUCAGGAGAGGGCGGCAGGUGCUUUGUGGGGAUUGUCAGUGUCAGAAGCUAAUAGCAUUGCAAUUGGACGAGAAGGCGGAAUUGCACCUCUAAUUGCACUGGCCCGAUCUGAGGCUGAAGAUGUUCAUGAGACUGCUGCUGGGGCACUUUGGAAUCUUGCUUUUAAUUCAGGGAAUGCCCUGCGCAUAGUUGAGGAAGGGGGUGUUGCGGCUCUUGUGCACCUUUGUUCAUCAUCAAGAUCGAAAAUGGCUCGCUUUAUGGCUGCUUUGGCACUUGCUUACAUGUUUGAUGGAAGAAUGGAUGAGGUGGCAGUAGUCGGACCAUCGUCAGAGGGUUCUUCAAAGAGUGUGAACUUCGAUGGUGCUAGAAGGAUGGCAUUGAAACAUAUAGAAACUUUUGUGCUCACAUUUUCAGAUCCACCAGUCUUCUCCGUUGCAGCUUCGUCCUCAGCUCCAGCAGCCUUGGCGCAGGUUGCUGAAGCAACUCGUAUACAAGAAGCGGGGCAUCUAAGAUGCAGUGGUGCUGAGAUCGGGCGAUUUGUUGCCAUGCUUCGAAAUCCUUCCUCAAUUCUUCGUUCUUGUGCUGCUUUUGCUCUUCUGCAGUUUACGCUCCUGGGAGGCAGGCAUGCAAUGCACCAUGCAGGCCUCCUACAAAAAGCCGGGGCUGCACGGGUCCUGCGUGCGGCCGCCGCAGCCGCGACAGCUCCAAUUGAAGCCAAAAUCUUUGCUAGAAUUGUGCUCAGGAAUCUUGAGCAUCACCAAGUAGAAGCUUCCCUAUGAACGGUUGACCAACGUAGAGAAAACACUUCUCAGCAUUGUAGCGUCAGAGGCCCAAAAUGAUACAGACUUAUUAACUCUGCUCCAUAAAAAUUGCAGAAAGCUUGCAGAAAAUCCUGGUCACUGAAGCUUCUGCUUCAGUGUGUUAAGGCCAUCCAUUUACCUCACCAGAUUAGUUUUGCAUACAAAGACCUUAAAGACCUCGAGACACCGGAUGUGAGUUAGGGCUGUCCUGAUCUUGUUUGUUAGGCAUUAAUUUAGUCGACUUGGCUUUGUCCGUCAUGAUUAGGGUGUUGUGAGCGCAUUUUUUCCCCCCCUUUUCCUAUUUAUUUGGUGUGUAAAAGAAGGUGCUGGCUGUUAAAGAAUACCAGUAUCGAUAAGUUACGGACUUGUAUUUAACAUUCAUGGCAAUGUGUUUGUUACACCAUAUAUAUGUUAAACUAUAUAUAUGAGACAGCAUAAUUGGUCCAAUUCUAUUUUCACAA